CUUCCAGAACCAAAAUGUGGGUAAAAACUUGAAAGGUAUCCUUACGACAGAAAACAUGUUAACUAUAGAUAAUUCAGCGAAUAAUAAAGACGUAUCUAUCUACGGUUCAUCAGGGUGGAGAGAACCCCCUCGUCAAGUCUCCCCCUUUCCUCUGCAACUAACUCUACCACGAAAAACCCUCACAACACCACCUACCUGAGAUUUAUCACUGAGACCCGGUCCAGACUGCUGGGUGUGUUCUCUCAUCUGUCCGCUAGGGGGAGCACGCGGAGGAGGCCGAAGCCCCUGCUUUCUCUAGCUCAGACCCAACGCCUACACGAACUUCCGGCCCUGUUCAGUUCCGCUUCCGGGGAAAUGUACGGGCUGUUGUACGCGGUUCUUGUUGGACUGUGAAGGCUGAGGACCUACCGGCUGGCUGGCCCUUGCUUCGCGGAAUUAGGCAGCCGUGGCUGCCUGUUAGGGGAAGUGUAUCGGGUUCACCGUUCCUCCUACGGACCUUUCCUUACCACUGGAGCGGAGUAAGAGUGCUGCCAUGGCGGCCCCUGCUCAGCCCAAGAAAAUCGUGGCUCCUACUGUGUCCCAGAUCAACGCGGAGUUCGUAACCCAGUUAGCAUGUAAAUACUGGGCUCCGCAUAUCAAGAAAAAAUCACCUUUUGAUAUAAAGGUCAUUGAAGAUAUAUAUGAAAAAGAGAUUGUCAAAUCGAGGUUUGCCAUCAGAAAGAUAAUGCUCUUGGAAUUUAGCCAGUAUCUUGAAAAUUACCUCUGGAUGAAUUAUUCUCCAGAGGUGUCCAGCAAGGCCUACUUAAUGUCAAUCUGCUGUAUGGUGAAUGAGAAAUUCAGAGAAAAUGUCCCUGCAUGGGAGACUUUUAAGAAGAAGCCAGAUCACUUCCCAUUUUUUUUUAAGUGUAUCUUGAAAGCAGCAUUAGCUGAAACUGAUGGUGAAUUUUCACUCCAUGAACAGACGGUUUUACUGCUUUUUCUUGAUCAUUGCUUCAAUAGUUUGGAAGUAGACUUGAUACGGAGUCAAGUACAGCAGCUAAUCUCCCUCCCAAUGUGGAUGGGCUUACAGCCGGCACGAUUGGAAUUAGAAUUAAAAAAGACCCCUAAGCUAAGAAAAUUUUGGAACUUGAUUAAAAAGAAUGAUGAAAAGAUGGAUCCAGAAGCAAGAGAACAAGCCUACCAAGAAAGAAGAUUCCUUUCACAACUCAUCCAGAAGUUUAUCUCUGUGUUGAAAUCUGUGCCACCUUCUGAACCUGUCACUAUGGACAAAGUUCAUUACUGUGAAAGAUUCAUUGAACUUAUGAUUGAUCUGGAGGCCCUCCUCCCCACAAGGCGCUGGUUUAAUACCAUUCUGGAUGACUCCCACCUUUUGGUUCACUGUUAUCUUUCCAAUCUUGUUCAUAGAGAAGAGGAUGGCCAUCUUUUUUCCCAGCUUUUGGACAUGCUUAAGUUCUAUACUGGUUUUGAGAUUAACGACCAGACUGGGAACGCUCUGACAGAGAAUGAGAUGACUACAAUUCACUAUGACAGAAUCACUUCUCUCCAGAGAGCUGCCUUUGCACAUUUCCCUGAACUCUAUGAUUUUGCACUCUCAAAUGUGGCAGAAGUAGAUACUCGGGAAUCUUUGGUCAAGUUUUUUGGACCACUUAGUUCAAAUACACUCCACCAGGUGGCAUCGUACCUCUGCUUGUUACCAACUCUUCCUAAAAAUGAAGACACAACUUUUGAUAAAGAAUUUCUUCUAGAAUUGCUGGUAUCUCGUCAUGAACGUCGAAUUUCUCAGAUUCAGCAGUUGAACCAGAUGCCUUUGUAUCCAACUGAGAAAAUCAUUUGGGAUGAAAAUAUUGUCCCAACUGAAUACUAUUCUGGGGAAGGUUGUCUUGCUCUUCCCAAGUUGAAUUUGCAAUUUUUGACUCUCCAUGAUUACCUUCUAAGGAACUUUAAUCUCUUCCGCUUAGAAUCAACUUAUGAAAUUAGGCAGGACAUCGAGGACAGUGUCAGCAGAAUGAAGCCAUGGCAGUCUGAGUAUGGUGGUGUAGUGUUUGGUGGCUGGGCACGAAUGGCCCAGCCUAUUGUCGCUUUCACUGUGGUUGAGGUUGCCAAGCCCAACAUAGGUGAAAACUGGCCAACCCGAGUUCGUGCGGAUGUUACCAUCAAUCUGAAUGUCAGAGAUCAUAUCAAAGAUGAAUGGGAAGGUCUUCGUAAGCAUGAUGUCUGUUUUUUAAUUACCGUGCGUCCCACAAAACCAUAUGGUACCAAGUUUGACCGGAGGAGACCUUUUAUUGAGCAGAUUGGCCUGGUUUAUGUCAGAGGCUGUGAAAUCCAGGGCAUGCUAGAUGAUAAAGGGCGUGUCAUUGAAGACGGACCUGAGCCAAGACCCAAUCUUAGAGGAGAGUCAAGGACAUUUAGAGUGUUUUUGGAUCCAAACCAGUAUCAACAAGAUAUGACCAAUACUAUACAAAAUGGAGCAGAAGAUGUGUACGAAACUUUCAAUAUCAUAAUGAGGAGAAAGCCAAAGGAAAAUAACUUUAAGGCUGUGCUGGAGACCAUUCGGAACCUGAUGAAUACUGAUUGCGUGGUACCUGACUGGCUGCAUGACAUCAUUUUAGGUUAUGGGGAUCCAAGUAGUGCACAUUAUUCAAAAAUGCCCAAUCAGAUUGCCACUCUUGAUUUCAAUGACACGUUUCUUUCCAUUGACCAUUUAAAAAGCAGCUUUCCUGGUCAUAAUGUCAAAGUAACUGUGGAUGACCCAGCUCUGCAGAUCCCGCCUUUCAGGAUAACCUUUCCAGUAAGGAGUGGAAAAGGAAAGAAAAGGAAAGAUACAGAUGGUGAAGAUGAAGACUCCGAAGAGGCAAAAACCUUAAUUGUUGAACCUCAUGUCAUUCCCAAUAGGGGGCCUUAUCCUUAUAACCAACCCAAACGUAAUACAAUUCAGUUCACUCACACACAGAUAGAGGCCAUCCGUGCUGGAAUGCAGCCUGGGCUAACUAUGGUUGUGGGUCCACCAGGUACUGGAAAAACAGAUGUGGCAGUCCAGAUCAUAUCCAACAUCUACCAUAAUUUCCCAGAGCAGAGGACUUUGAUUGUUACUCAUUCUAAUCAGGCCUUGAACCAGUUGUUUGAGAAGAUCAUGGCUCUAGACAUUGAUGAGCGCCACCUGCUGCGUCUUGGUCAUGGAGAAGAAGAGCUGGAGACAGAGAAGGAUUUCAGCAGGUAUGGAAGAGUUAAUUAUGUCCUGGCUCGAAGAAUAGAACUUUUAGAAGAAGUCAAACGCUUGCAAAAGAGUCUAGGGGUUCCAGGAGAUGCUUCAUAUACUUGUGAAACUGCAGGCUAUUUCUUCUUAUAUCAGGUCAUGUCUCGUUGGGAAGAAUAUAUCAGCAAAGUGAAAAAUAAAGGUAAUACACUGCCAGAUGUCAUGGAAGUCUCCACUUUCUUCCCUUUUCAUGAAUACUUUGCAAAUGCCCCUCAACCCAUUUUUAAAGGCCGAUCUUAUGAAGAAGACAUGGAAAUUGCUGAAGGAUGUUUCAGGCACAUUAAGAAAAUCUUUACUCAGCUUGAGGAAUUCAGAGCUUCCGAACUGCUUCGAAGUGGACUGGACAGAUCUAAAUACCUUUUGGUGAAAGAAGCCAAAAUCAUUGCUAUGACCUGUACUCAUGCUGCCUUAAAACGACAUGAUUUAGUCAAGCUAGGUUUCAAGUAUGACAACAUUUUAAUGGAAGAGGCUGCGCAGAUUCUGGAGAUAGAAACUUUUAUACCUCUUCUUCUACAGAAUCCUCAAGAUGGUUUUAGCCGACUGAAACGCUGGAUUAUGAUUGGUGAUCAUCACCAGUUACCUCCAGUCAUUAAGAAUAUGGCCUUUCAGAAGUAUUCAAAUAUGGAGCAGUCUCUGUUCACUCGCUUUGUCCGUGUUGGAGUUCCUACUGUGGACCUUGAUGCUCAAGGGCGAGCCAGAGCAAGCUUGUGUAACCUCUACAACUGGCGAUACAAGAAUCUGGGAAACUUACCGCACGUACAGCUCUUGCCGGAGUUUAGUACAGCAAAUGCCGGCUUGCUUUAUGACUUCCAGCUCAUCAAUGUGGAAGAUUUUCAAGGAGUGGGAGAGUCUGAACCUAAUCCUUAUUUUUAUCAGAAUCUUGGAGAAGCAGAAUAUGUAGUGGCACUUUUUAUGUACAUGUGUUUACUUGGUUACCCUGCUGACAAGAUCAGUAUUCUAACAACAUAUAAUGGGCAAAAGCAUCUUAUUCGUGACAUCAUCAAUAGACGAUGUGGAAGCAAUCCAUUGAUUGGAAGACCAAAUAAGGUGACAACUGUUGACAGAUUUCAAGGUCAACAGAAUGAUUAUAUUCUUCUUUCUCUAGUACGAACCAGGGCAGUGGGCCAUCUGAGGGAUGUCCGUCGCUUGGUGGUGGCCAUGUCUAGAGCCAGACUUGGACUGUAUAUCUUCGCAAGAGUAUCCCUCUUCCAAAACUGUUUUGAGCUAACGCCAGCUUUUAGCCAGCUCACUGCCCGUCCACUUCAUUUGCAUAUAAUUCCAACAGAACCUUUCCCAACCAGUAGAAAGAAUGGAGAGAGGCCAUCUCAUGAAGUACAGAUAAUAAAGAAUAUGCCCCAGAUGGCAAACUUUGUAUAUAACAUGUACAUGCAUUUGAUACAGACCACACAUCAUUAUCAUCAGACUUUAUUACAGCUACCACCUGCUAUGGUUGAAGAAGCUGAGGAAGUUCAAAGUCAGGAAACAGAAGUAGAAAUAGAAGAAGAGGCCAAUCCUCCCCAGGCUGAUCUGUCCAGUCUCACAGAUGCCAGCUCCAGUCAAGAAUCCUCAGCCUCUCAGACUGAGACCACCCCCGAUCACACAGGAGCUAGUUCCAACCCAGAAGCUGUCCCUCCUGUGUCUGAUACCACUGUUUCUAUGCCAGGACCUGCAGCUGUACCAGCAGAGGCUAACGCCCCCCAGCAUGUCACACCUGCCUCAGAAGAGACCAAGUAGCCCAACUGUAGCCUUUCUUAGGGAGGACAUUUCAUUCAUAAAGUCUAAGUAAAGCUGCUUUUUGUAUUUUAUAUUUGCUUCUGCUAUUUUAAGGGUACUAAUUAAUGUUAAGUCAUUAUUUUUGUUAAUUGAUCUCCGUGCUUGUCUUCUUGGAUAUGUUUAAAAGAAAAUUGUAUGUGUAUGAGCAACUUCAGUUUCAUUUCUUCAGUCAGAAGGGCAAAUAGUCAUUCCUUUGAUAUUUUUAUAAUUAACCAAAUAUAUCUUAUUCAUACCUACAUUAAAAGAAUUUGCUAUAGAAUAUAUAAGACAUACUUUACAUUUUCAGUGAACUUCUCUAAGGAAGGGGAUCAAAUACACUGAAAUCAACCAUAAGCACCCUUAAGAAAGUGUUCAAAUUGGGGAGGAAGUUGUUUCUUCUGUUAUAGUAUCAGAUACUCAAAUUGUGAUUCCUUUUUUCUUACCUUUCUUGGCUGUCUUCCUUGAUGUAAAGGCAUUAACAGCCAUAGAUAGGUCUAGAUUUCUCUGAUCAAAGAGGCUACAUGUAUUUCUUGCCCCAAAGUCUCAUAAUGUAUUGGGAUCACCUAGAGUGUCUGUUCAUUCUUGGGGCCACUCUUGACCUGAUAAAUCUGUAUCUCAGGGUUAGGACUGGGUAUUUGUAUUUUAGCAAGUGUUCCUAAUGUUUGAGUGGCUGGCAGAGUGGCAUCAAAUCAAGCUGGUAAGGCUGAGCCAGGGUAUGUCAUUCAGCUGAGCAAGAAGAUCUGGCAAAUCCAUCUGGGCGGGAAGAAAGAUCCAGAGUCUGGGCAGUGAAAGUCAGUGAACCCAAUUCCCCUAUAUAGGAUAGAAUUCUCACAAUGCAGAGGUUCUGAAUCUUCUGCCCUGUUUAGUUUUCUUGGUAGAUAACCAGCCACAAGGAGACCUUAAGGUAAAAUGUGCUCUAUCUAGAUUUGGGAGGGCAGAGUAGGACCUUGCUACUCAAGUGUGAUUUGCAAACUAGAAGUGUCAGCAUCCACUGAACCUUGUUAAAAUUGCAGCAGUGUGGACUCUACCCCAGAUCUAUUAAAUGUGAAUCAGCAUUUCAGCAAAGUGUCCAGGGGAUUUAUAUGCACUUUGUAGUUUGAGAAGCAUUGUUCUGAGGUUACUAUACUGUCCUCAAUGUGAAUGAAAGGUAGAGUAGAUUCUGUGAUGGUAAAAUUAAUAGUGUGACUGAUGUUUUCUGACAUGGGACCUCUGCUUAUGAAGUUUCCUGGGCUUGAUGGCCAGAAGAGAGAUGAAUAAGGUAGGGAGAACUUGCCCACUACUUCCCUUCCCCAUUUAGAUGUCUGCUAGAGUGGCUAAUGGGGAGCAUUUCCCCCAAAGUAUCCCCUCUGGUGCAUCUACCUAAAGGAUUGGCCAUGUACAAAGAACCUUUGAGGAAAUAGGCAAGAACCGCACACUGCCACUGAAAUGCUUCUAAUCCUGACAUAUUGAAGGAAUGAACUCUUAUAAAGAAAUUAAACCAAGAAAGUCAAGUUAAUGAUUUUUUGACUGACUAGUAUUUGCUCAACUCUCCCAGGCUGUGGUGGAGAUGAGUCAGACUCUCCUACUACACGGUGUCUUCCUUCAUCAGAACACAAGAAAAGGAAAGGGAAGGGAUGAUGAGGGGAAGGAAACGCCAAGGAAACUAUACUGGAAAAUCUUUGUCUAUUUGUUAUCAGAGUAAGGAAUGAGCCAGAUAGUCUGUUACAUAAUUUCUCUGAUUAUAGGAAUUUGGAAGCAGGUGUUGUGGUCAUCUGUAUGAGGAAUAGGACUCACAGAAUUACUUUCAUCUGUGAAUAUCUAGUAUCAGGCUACACAAGAGAAAGAAGCUUUACUGUAUUACUGUGUUUCAUGGGAAAGAUUGAUGUUUCUCUCUACCUGUUAGAGGAUAUGAAUCAUGAUACCUGCAACCAGAAUAAGCAAACUGUUGGGCUGCUUUCUCACAAAGUAAAUCAUUUUGCAAACACUAUAUAUCACUCUGUCUAGCUAGUGACUUACUUUUUUCUCUGCUGCCUGAUUUUCAGUCACGCUAAAAAGAAAAUUUAACUGGAAGAUGGGUGAAUCCUUUGCCUUUGUCAAAGGAAUUUUAGAAGGGAUGAUAGUGUUGGGAUUUGAAUUACUUAAAUAAAAAUUUUUAACAUUCAUUUUUGAGAGAGAUAGAGCAUGAGCGGGGGAGGGGAAGAGAGAGAGGGAGACACAGAUUCUGAAGCAGGCUCGAGGCUGCAGGCUGUCAGCACAGAGCCCAAUACAGGGCUCAAACCCACAGACUACGAGAUCGUGACCUGAGCUGAAGUCAGAUGCUUAACCAACUGAGCCACCCAGGUGCCCCAGGGUUUGAAUUAUUUUAAAUUGUUUAUUCACAGGAACGAUCAGUGAGUUGCAGUUGACUAUAGAAUUUUGGAAUUUUUAAACGAACUUAAGAGAUCUAUUUUUAUUUUAAUUAAUGAGGAAACUGAGUCACAUAGUCUUAACUAAGGUGGCAACUAUGGAAGAACAGGUUAGAAUCCAAGUCUAUAGUCCUAGGGCAGUGUUUUGUUCAUUGUUUUUUGUUUUGUUUUUUUUCAGUCAAAAACACAAGCAUGAUUGCUUCAUAAAUUCAAGAGUUUUCCAUUUGGGAUUACAACAGACACAGGUACUCUAGCCACGUGACCAUUUCAGUCUAGUGUUCUCAUUGCCCUCCAUCCUGUUUGCCAUAUCUGAAUAUGUCAUGCUUUUGGAAACUAUUUUUAAAAGCAGACCAAAAAGAUGUGUGCAAGUGAAUGAGCAUGAAAUGAAGCAAUUCAAGUAUUUAGACUUUUUUUCCACAAAAUGCUGAGUUAAGAAAGUUCAUUACCAGCAGUUGAGAAUAAAUAGCUCCAUUGAUUUGGACAAAUGAAUGAGAGGAUCUAAACAUUAUCAGGUCUCUUGAAGUUAGUGUCAUGAUAAAAGUUGAGAUGUGCUAGGUACCGAGAAAAAUGGCAUAAAUGGGUCAUUUGUGCUCCUAUAUAAAUGGAGGUUUUUUAUGAUCAGGAAACUGCAUGAUACUAUAAAAUAGACUUUGGACUCUUGCAGACCUGGCUCAAAUUUUACCUCAUUUGCUUAUCAACAUUUGGUUUGACCUUGGAUACAUUUUAUAACUUAAGCCCCAGUUUUCUUUAUUCUCAAAAUUGAAAAAAGGUCCGUUAAUGACAACUAAUUUGUUAAUAUUUGUGAAAAUAUUUAGCACCUGUGUGGGUGUUCAGCAGAUACUAGCCCUUCUCUCUCCAUUCCACCCCCCCCCCCCCCCACAUUUUUGAGACAAUAGAAGACAAUUGCCAACCAGUCUUCUGAGCUGGGUGCUUAGCUUUGCCCCUAUUCUGAGAACAUGGAAGAUGAUGAAGGGGACAUGUGGCAGCAGCUGACAUUUGAGGAUCAAAGAUCAAGUCUACUGAUUGGGAGUGAGAAUCAGUAUAUUGAGGAUCACAAUACUGAAGAUGGUCUCUGCUGAAAUGAAAAUUCUGACAGAACAGAAUAACCAGAAGGAUGAUACUAGGUUCCAUCAUGCUUCUGAUGUAUUGAUCACUUCCGUCAAUUCUGAAUCCUGUACACCCCACCCCAAAUCCUCUAAUUGUUGCAUUUAGUUAGCUUUGUGCCUCAAAUGUCCUUUUUCUUUUUUAUCUUGCAGCCACUCAGAUGACAUUUUUAGAGAUGUUUCUUCGGUUAACAUAAGAUGAGAUUUUUUUUAAAAAGCUGACCCUUUUGCGUGAGCCAGAAGAGCAGUUAAAGAUAAGCAGUGCCUUGCUUCCUGUGAAAAAGGCUUGGCAGUUAGCCUUUGUAAUUAUGAAGCAAUCAUGUUAAUAGAUGUUUAAGAAUAAUGCAACUGGAGCUGUACUGAGCCAAAGAUGGAAUGAACACAUGAGACCAUUUUUUCUUCAUCCGUUGGUACUCUUUAGUGUCCGAGGAGGGGAUUUAAUUCAAUGGGAUCCAGAAGCUUUGCACACUUUGGUUUGCUUCCUAGGGACACAAACCAGAGCUUAGUCCCCCGGAGCAGGACUCAGAAUGUAGCAUGGUUACUGCUGACUGAUGCUGUGCCAGUUUUAUUCAGUGCUCCCAUCUUUUGGCUUAUACUUACUUCCGUGGCUGUUCAAACUUCUGCAUUACAUACGAAGGUGGCUAAUCCCAUUACUUCUCAACAUAUGUUACAGGAAAAUACUAGUCUUGAAAAACAUGCUCCAUGGUCAAAUAAGGUUGAGGAACACAGUGAAUUAUUCCCGUUUUGCAGAAACAUAGUGCAUUGUUAGUUAAUUAAAGGUUCUGAGAACUCCUGCUGG